AUGGCCUCGCGAUUCAACCCUGGCAAGCUGUUCAUCCGAACGCGCUUCAACUACGAAAAGGUGCCCGGCCAGGACAGCCAGGCCUCGUCACCGCUGCCGCUCUUCAGCAGCAAGUCAUGGGGCAACAAGUACCGCCAGCCCGCUUGGGCCAACCGCCUGCAGCGCCCACGACUCUCGUUCGCGCGUCUCAUCACUCUCGCGGUGACGAUAGUGCUGCUGGCCUCGAUGCUCGGCACGGGUAUCUACAGGAGACACAGGUGGAACGCACAGCAACGGACAGGCGAUGAGCGGAAACAGUACCACUGGGAACACUACCCUCGGUUAAAUGGCUUCUUCAAUGGCGUUCGCACGCUUGUUCCCUACGGCGACUGGGUGUCAGAGCAGGACUUUGUCAAGUACUCGCAAAGCCCCAACCCGGAAGACAACAUCAAGCCCAAGUGGCCGCACAUGUCCAAGGAGGACAAGGAGCCGCCGCUGGAGCUACAGCCAUUCGACCCAUACAAGUUUGACUCGCCCGAGUACCUCAAGGAGCACGAUGAAGUCAAGACCUGCUACCUCGACGAGGAAGAGAAGAUUGACCUCCCCGACAUCUACGCCUACCCCGGCAUCCCUCAAAACAUGACUGCGCCCUUCUUCGGUUCAUAUGAGGAGAUUGGCUUUGACGACAAGAAGUGUUUCGAGCGCUUCGGUCGUCUCGGCCCCUACGGCUACUCGUACUCUCGCGACGAGGGCGGCCUUGACAUGGACGGCAAGUCUGAGAAGGGCGGUGCCGACAAGCUCUGGAGCUACGAGAAGAAGGUCGACUACCGCAAGGUGAACUGGGCGUCCGCCAUGAAGCGAUGCCGUGAGAAGAACGCCCACCGCUUCAAGAAGAACACCACCGCCGAAGAGACUGCACCCGCCAAGAAGAAGGUGCCACGCCACGCUUACGUUCUCCGUACCUGGACCGGCUACAAGUACAGUGACUACCAGAUCCUCACUCUGCGCGCCAUGAUCAACGAGCUCGCGCUGAAGUCCGGAGGCGAGUACGAUGUGCACUUCCUCCUCCACGUCAAGGACGAUAGCCUCCCUAUCUGGUCCUCGGAAGAGAUCUACCAAAAGGUCAUCGAAGACAACCUACCCAAAGAGUUCUGGGGCAUGGCGACCCUCUGGUCUGAGCAGCAAAUGCGCAUGUACUACCCAGAGCCAUUCCCCAACAACGUCUACAACCACGCCAAGGCCCCCGUCCACUCUGUCUACCGCAGCGCCCACUUCGCAAUGCAAUGGUUCGCGCAAGCUCGCCCAGAGUACGAUUUCUACUGGAACUGGGAGAUGGAUCUCCGUCUCAGCGGCCACUACUACGAGUUCCACAACAAGAUUGGCGAGUGGGCCAAGAAGCAGCCUCGCAAAGGUUUGUGGGAGCGAUCAUCUCGCUACUACAUUCCUGAGCUUCACGGAUCCUGGAAGAACUUCACCGAGAUGGUUGAGGAGGAGCUCUACAACAGCGACGAGAAGCCUGUCUGGGGCCCACCCAAAUUCGAAAACACCGGCAUGCUUCCCAGCCCUCCCGAGACCGAGCCCCCACACUCGUACUCGCAAGACAACUAUGAGUGGGGUGUUGGCGAGGAUGCCGACAUCAUCACAUUCAACCCAAUCUUUGAUCCGGCCAAGACCAACUGGGUUUUCCGCGACGACGUCACAGGUUACGAUCUCGAGCUCCCGGAACCCCCGCGGAGAUGCGCUAUCAUUACUGUUUCGCGUCUGUCGAAACGCCUAUUGGAUCUUAUGCAUCGCGAGACAUACCUCAUGAAGCACCACAUGUUCCCUGAAAUGUGGCCUCCAACAGUCGCUUUCCACCACGGUCUCAAGGCCGUCUAUGCUGCACACCCCGUGUACUUUGAUCACAACUGGCCACUCGAAGCCCUCGAUGGCACCUUCAACAAGCCUCCUAAGCCGACCGACAGCGUUUUCGGCUGGGGUGAACAUAACCAGCUCGGCAACAGCUUUUACUACAAUGCUGGCUUCUCAUCCGAGUGGUGGCGAAGGUGGCUCGGCUCUCGCGAGAACGACAAGGGUGGCCCACAAGAAGAGGAAGCCGGCACCGGCCGGUUAUGCAUGCGCAAUACGCUCUUCCACCCCGUCAAAUACGAAAAAGGAUCUGAGUGA